AUGACAAUUAACAAGUCGCAAGGCCAGACAUUGAAUAGAGUGUUUCUUUAUUUAUUACAACCAGUUUUUUCACAUGGUCAAUUAUACAUUGCACUCUCAAGAGUUACUUCGUACCGGUAUAUCAAAAUUCUUACUGGUGAAAAUAACGGAUGUCAAACAAAAAAUGUUGUGUAUAAUGAUAAUAUUAUUUUGCAUGAGCAAUUAUUUUUCAAAUAA